AAAGACGUGUGCAUUGAGCGCUCACGGACAAUACAAAACGUGUUCGUAUAAUAAGUUACAUAAACACGCGUGAACUGUGCAUGACAAAAGUUUUGUGAUAUGUGAUUCGAAGUGAACAAUACUUAAGGAUGUAUAUCGUUUUAAUAUUUCUGAGCUUACUUGUUAAAGAUUCUCUACUUCUAAAAGUGGUUCGGGUGACGGUCCCGUCAUACCGCGUGAGGGGUCAACCGGCCCAGUUGGAAUGUAAUUUCGAGUUAGGUGAAGACAAAUUAUAUUCAGUCAAAUGGUACAGAGACAAUGAAGAGUUCUACAGGUACAUGCCGAAGUUUGAUCCGCCCAAACUCGCUUAUAAAGUCGAGGGGAUUAAGGUUGACUUAUCAAAAUCAGACAUGAAGAAGGUGUUGCUUCACCAAGUGACGCUCAAAACAACAGGCAUAUACAGAUGUGAAGUGUCAGCGGAAGCGCCUAGUUUCGCAUCUGCAGCCGACGAGGGAAGAAUGGAAGUUAUUUAUCUACCGCGUGAGGGUCCAAGAAUAACUGGUAAUGAACUAGAAAAUAGAAGAGGUGACUCAUUAUUUCUGAACUGUACGUCGGGGCGAUCAUACCCCGCCGCAGUUCUAAGUUGGGACAUAGAUGGUGAGAAGGUAACAGACCCAGAGUUACUAGUCCACUACCCACCAAUACAACACGCUCACGGGCUGUUGUCGACCGCGCUAGGGCUGCGCGUGCCAACCGGCCGAACCAUGCAAGUUCGCUGCAUAGCCCGCGUCGCGCCCGGUUGGCGGGAGGGCAGCGAGGCCGUGAUCGGCAACAGCCAGCUAGCUGAUAGUAAAGAAGCUAUGUUAUUAGUGCGAAGUUCGGGCGAGGCAGCCACGUUGAGUAUAAUGCUGUUAACACUUUCGCUCCUUCAAAUCCUCAGUUCGCUAAUACAAUCAGAGACGUGAUAAAUUAUCACUUGUAUUUAUUAACCGAAAAUGUGCUAAGACGCAACCAUGACUCUGAAUUCGUUAGCAAUGGGUUCUGAUUAGGUGUAAGUUAUUUGCAAUGGGGUACUUGUGUUCUAAUUGGUUUAAUUUAAGGAUAUAUUUCAUCGUUUUACUGUACUGUUAUGUUUAUUUUUGGGUUUUGUUUUGUAUACUUUUAAUUUAUUAUUUUGUAGGUGCAUUUUGAUAUAAUUUAAUUUGGAAUUUUACAAGGUUUGUCGUAUAUUAAAUAUUUCGUAUCUGUGUAUAUUGGAUACAAUGGUUUUCCAGAAAUUAAACCUUUCGUUUAUAUACACGUUCUAAGUGUAAUUUUUAUUUACGUUACUUACGUUAUGUUAUUAUAAGUGUUUACUUCGAAAACUUUUAUUUUAAUAUCGAUGUUAUAAUUAAGAUUGUUAAACCUCGUUUAAUUUUGAGUCCCUAGUGAAUGAUUUGUAUUAAAAAUGCAACCCCAAAGCGAUAAUUGUGAUACUUAUAAGUAGUUAAUAAAUUUUUGCAUACAUUGUUUAAUUUUCAGCCAUGCAAGUAUCCCAUACUUUAUAGAUAGAUAUUUUGGAAAUUAGUUAAUCAUAAGCAUCAAAUACAUAUCUGUAAUUAGGCCACUUAUUGUUUUAUAUACAUGCUUGAAUUUCAUUUAUUUCUCAUUAAAAAACAAUUUAGUUUGUUCUCUUGGAUAUGAAUAAAAACUUAGUAACGCCUUCCUAGUAAAUAAAUCUGUAAAUAUUGCAUAGGUGAAGUUCUUUUGUAACAUGAUUAGACAAUCUUUAUAGGGAUAAAUCUAAAACAUGUACUAUGUAAAUGUUAUCUAUUUUUAAAUGAAAUAUUAUUUUUCAAUUCUGGCUAUUUUUAUUAGGCAUAUCUUCACAAAUUAUUUUAGUACUCAGUGCUAUGUAUCGGUAAACUUGUCAAUUGUAAAUACAAACAUACGAAUAUUUUGUAAGUGUAAUGAAGUAAUAAGUUUGAAUGUAAAAAUAUGAUAAUGACGUGUUCUCGUUAAUUUUGGAUUUUUUUGUAGUUCUUGUAAUUUAUGAGCCCUACAUUGAUUUACUCGUGAAAAUAAAUAAUCCGAUGUACUAAUCAUUCAAAGCUAUAUAAUGGCAGAUACUGAAGGGUUUUUUAAAUUAAAAAAGCAAUCUGAAAGAAUAUCAACUUCUGUAUAAGUCCAUGUAAUAUAACAUAAAUUCAAAUAUUACUCGAGUGAAGUUGCUAAUAUUAAGUUCGAAAUAUCUAAUUCAUCAUAGGCAUAUGAAAUAUUUGCAAUAAUAAUAUUUUUACGCGUUCAUUUUUUAGCUCUACGUUAUUAAAUAUGGACACAUUAUGAUCUCAUAAAUUACAAGAACACGAAAUAAAAAAAGAUCCUAAUUAAAGUUCUGUCUAGUUUCAAUGUAUUCUCAAUACUCAGCGGCCGUAGUCCGAUGUCGGGUUACUUCUUUGUUCCGUGGAUUUCUCUUGAGACAAACCUACGCUAAGGACUUGAUUACCUUACCUUGAGAAAAUAGACUUAUUUAUAGUGAUUGCCGUUAUUUGUAUCUCUGUAGAAAAUAAUGAUUUGUUUGUUUUGUUAUACAACUAUUUUGAAGCGUUGGGUAAUAUUCAAUGUAUUAUGUUAUUAGGUAUCAAGUUACCUAACUGUUUGAACGGUUGAACACCCUCUAAUCAAGGUUGGUUCUAACUUAAACAGUAAAGUAAGUUUUACAGCUCAAAGAAACUAAACGAACUUAUAGUUAAACGGCGAAACCCAGACAUCAAUUCGGCUUAAUCCAUUUUAUUAGUAAAUAGCUACAAUUUCAUGUCCUUUUCUUAUCCCUUAAAGAACUGAAUCAAAAUCGAAGUUUUUUAUAACUGUUAAGCUAAUGUGAAUAGAUUCUAAGAAACGAAUGCUUUUGUUGUUCAGUUGUUCUGUAUCUAGAAUACAAGAUUAUGAUUUUAUUGAAAUAAAAUAAACUAUUAACAUAA